AUGCUCUAUUUGCUGGCUGAUCCACAAUGCAAGGGAAAUCCACAGGCGAGUGAUGCAGUCGAAGAAGUGGAGACCACAAAGGAAGAUGCGAUAGCUACGGAGAGACGCAAUAAAAUGCUGGCAGCCAAAGCCAGGCAGAAGGCCAUACUUGAUAAGUUCAAG